AGGUACGAGUAUGUCAAGCAGUUCGAGCAGCCGGAUAAACUCCUACCAAAUACAUGGAUCGUGAUCAGAGUUGACGGUCGGGGCUUCACCAACUUUGCAACCAAGUAUGGCUUUGAGAAGCCCAACGACAGACGGGCUCUCGAGCUCAUGAACACUGCGGCCAGAGCGGUCAUGUCUGAACUUCCAGAUAUCACCAUCGCGUAUGGAGUCAGCGAUGAGUCCAGUUUCGUCUUCCACAAAUCAUGCAGCCUCUUUGACCGUCGCUCAAGCAAACUUGUUUCGACCAUUGUUUCCGCCUUCACGGCGUACUAUGUGCACUUCUGGCCCAGUCACUUCCCGGACACCCCGUUAUCGCCCCCGUUGCCUAGCUUCGACGGCCGAGCGGUUUGCUAUCCGACAGUGCAAAAUCUGCAGGACUAUCUGAGUUGGAGGCAGGUCGACUGCCAUAUCAACAACCUUUACAACACAACCUUCUGGGCUCUCAUCCAACAAGGUGGAAUGGAUGCCACCGAGGCGGAGAAGAAACUCAAGGCACGUGGAACACUUGCCGCAGAUAAGAACGAGAUCCUUUUCUCACAAUUCGGCAUCAAUUACAACAACGAGCCCGAGAUGUACAAGAAGGGUAGCGUUGUUUUUAGAGAGUCCAAAACACAGACCGAAAACGACAAGAAGAGACGAGCGAAGGCACGGAUUGUGGUGGAGCACAUCAACGUUAUCAACCGCGAUUUCUGGGACCGCCGGCCUUGGCUGUUAUCGAACAAGCCGGGCAAAAUCCCAAAGGAGCCUUGA